GAUUUCGUAUUUUCAUCCAUCUUGGCUUCGUUCGUUGUCGUCGUCAUCUCUCUCUUCCCCUCAGUGCUUUUUCCUCCAACAAAUGUGGUUCGCCGUCACAAAGGCCUUACCAACCAAAAAGUGCAGGCCUAUAUAAAAAAGGACAGUGCCAUGACUUUCUGAGCCCGAUGGGUGUGUAGGAUAAGUCUGGCAGCGCAUCUUAGCCUCCACCACUUUUCCCAUGCUUGGAGUCCUCUGCAGUACCCGCCCCAAGCCUUGGAUCCUCAACUCUCUCUUUUCCUUCCUUCACGGCUCCGCGGCUCACCACCACCACCACCACCACGACGCUCGACUUCCUCCCACCUCCUUUCAUUUCGUCGCCGACGCUGACGCUUCCCGUCGGCGUCAUCACUCCAGCGCCUGUAAGCUCGAUGGUGGCGGCGCCGCUUCCGUAUGGCACGUUAUAUUACCGUCUGGCGGCGCCGCGGGGUUUCGGAGCGAUCUUCGUCGCGCUCCGAUGCUUCAUCAGGAGUUGAAAGGGGAGGGGUCUUGGAAUGCCGCCUGGGAUGCCCGCCCUGCCAGGUGGCUUCAUAGUCCGGACUCGGCCUGGCUUCUCUUCGGCGUUUGCGCCUGUCUCGCUCCCCCUAUUUGGCUUGACGCGAAUCCUGAAGCUCCGGCCUCCGACGAGAAAAUCGAUAGUGGUGAACUGAAGGACGCCAACCGCGACAUAGCAGAUGACGUGUCUUCCGAUUACAGAGUCACAGGGGUGCCUGCUGAUGGUCGAUGCCUAUUCAGAUCGAUAGCUCAUGGAGCUUGCCUAAGAAAUGGGGAAGAAGCACCUGAUGAGAAUCGCCAGAGAGAACUCGCUGAUGAACUGAGAGUUCAGGUUGUGGAUGAGCUUCUGAAAAGACGAGAGGAAACAGAAUGGUUUAUUGAAGGGGAUUUUGAUGCGUAUGUGAAGAGAAUUCAGCAGCCAUACGUAUGGGGUGGGGAACCGGAACUGCUGAUGGCUUCUCACGUUUUGAAGACACCAAUCUCGGUCUUCAUGAGGGACAGAAACUCUGGUGAUUUGGUAAACAUAGCGAAGUAUGGUGAAGAGUAUAGGAAGGAGAAGGAGAGUCCCAUCAAUGUGCUAUUUCAUGGGUACGGUCACUACGAUCUAUUAGAGACCUUAUCAAACCAAAUUUGCCUGAACAUAAGCGCAUAGGAAUUGGGUACAUUAGGACCUCAUUUUCCUUUAAUCAAACUGUUAAGAUCUGUCUGGGGAAAAGCUUAUUUCAGCCUAGAAAUGGCUCGGUGAAUCUGGAAGCCUUCUAACUUCAGUUUCUGCUGCAGGAACUUCAAUUUUAUUCAAGCAACAUGCUUGUGCAAUUUUUGUAGUUUGCUUAUUUUUAUCUUCAUUUUUAGAAGUUCAGUAUAGACGCAACAAUGAGAAUAAUCAUAAUAAUAAAUAAUGAUGAUCCAGGAUUUGUGUUUGGUA